UGCAAAACUCGCAUCACACUUCUGGGGCGUUUGACUCCCCAAGGUCGAAUACAAUCUUCGACAUUACCGCAUCCUGAGCCCAAAAGCAAUGGAUCACUCGGAGCUCUUUGACCUUGGUUCGUUCGACAUCUGGCGCUCCUUGCGCAGGAAGCUCGCUGAGCUGUCUCACCAGGAGUCACAGCCUAACGUCGACGCUCGCGCUCUCGAUAUCCAGUCUCCAGAUUCCCCUAAAGCUCGCACGGCGGAACUCAUGGCGAUCCUCAAUCGAAGCUUCGAGGCCAUCAGCGACGAGCUCGACCUCUAUGCCCUGGAGUCGCUGCCCCAAGAGAGAGCCGAAAUCUUUCUGACCUACGCGGCCUGCGCAGCGUUCAAGGACAAGCUCCACAAGUAUCCCCUGCACAUGCUCGCCGCAUUUGGCGAUACGUCCGACCUCAAGGCCAUGCUCGACACAGGGGCCCACGACAUCAACCAGCGGGACGAAGACGAACAAACUCCGCUCAAGAACGCUGUCGAUGCGCACCACUACGGUCAAGUCCAGCUCCUGCUUCGGCAGCCCAACAUUGAGGUGGACCCCCUCGACUCGCAACGCUGGACCCCGUUGCACGACGCCUGUCGACUCGGUUUCCUUGACAUUGUCCGCCUGCUCUGCGACACCGGUCACGCCAACAUCGAAGCAGCCAACGGCGAGGGCUUCACGCCACUGCAGAUUGCCGCGUUCGGUGGCCACGCCCGGAUCCUCUCGUUCCUCCUCGAUCGCGGCGCCGACCCCACCGCGACCGGCCACGACGAGCUCACCGCGCUCCAUCGCGCCGUCACCAACAAUCACGCCAAGGCUGUCGAGGUCCUCGUGCGCGCAAAGGUGGAUGUCAACCCGGCGAGUCCGCACGGGGCCACGCCGCUCCUAAGAGCCGUCGAGUCGGCCGAUCCACGUAUCGUGCGCAUGCUCCUCGAUGCCGGGGCGGACGCAAACCCGAGGAACUGCGAUGGUAUCACUGUCCUCGAGAUGGCCUUGCUCCGAGGGGAUGAGCCUAUUCUCCGCAUGCUGCUACGUCGCGGCGCCACGGGAUGCGACGCGAGCGUGAUUUGUAACGCUUUAACUAAGAAUCCAAGAAUCGCGCUUGUCUUGCUCAACCAUACGACGACCUCUCUCCCCGCGACGAUGGGAACAUCAGAUAGGGGUGAGGAUGCACGUGAGAGCGGACCACCGCCCUUCCUCCUCGCCGCGCUCGGAGCAGGAUCGGACGCUGCUCCCCGAGAUGCAACGCUGGCGCUUGCCCUCGCGACCAGGCUCUUACAGCUCGGGGCAGACUGCAACGCCCACCAUGUUACCGGCGCACCAAAACCCCUCCACUUAGCGGCACUGCGCGGAUGGACUGAGGUGACGCGGCUGCUGCUCGGGCAGCCGAGUAUCGCCGUGGACGCACGCGGAGGAACUAACGGCAGCACACCAUUGUGGGCAGCGGCGGCGGCGGGGAACACGGAUAUCAUCAAGGCGCUGACCGAGGCUGGGGCCGAUGUCAACGCGACCGCCGACGACGGGACGACACCGCUGAUGAUAGCAACAUCGGAGGGAAAGCGCGCGGCUGUGAGGAUGCUGGUGGACGUGGGUGCUAGCUGUGGUGCGAGAGAUCAACGUGGACGGACCGCCCUCGUCAUCGCUAGUCAAAAUGGCCACAGCAAUCUCGCGGCCUUCCUCGCGGAGAGAAUGUCACGACGGGGCACCGCGUCCGACAGGCGACCCGCGGAGCCGAAUCGCGGACGAGCCGAGCACCGCACAACGCCUGUCUCGGCCGCCUGGCUGACCUUGGAAGCCCUUGCAGGAGACGAGAUGCCUGAUCCUACAGGCGAUCGGGAGCCUGGGUGGUUGAGGGAGCGUGUAGUCAGAGAACGGGAGCGAGUGGUCACGGGUGAGCAGCCUCGGCAGAGUCCCCUCACGCACGUUUACGCUGAACGGGAAUUACCACCCCUACUUUUUCCUACGCCUCCAGCGGCCCAGGAGACGCGGGGUUAAUUUCAGGCGGCUUGGUCGAGCCAGCGGCAGUGGAAGGGAAUGGGGGAAGGGGGGUAGGCGGGAGUUUAUAACUUCAAUACAGUUCAACCCCUGAAAAACGUUAAGAUGUUAACUUAAAGCACGGGAAAGAACUUUUACUAAGGCUGCGG